UGCAAAACACACACACACACACACACACACACAGAGUUCCUAUAAACCCGGAAGAAAAAAACAUGAAGAAGGCAGCAACGACAGAAAAAGACAUAGAUGAUUUACCUAAAAAUGAAGCAAACUAUACAGCACUCACACCGCUUUGGUUUUUGAAACGUGCUGCUUUGGUUCAUCCUGACCGUCGAUCGGUGGUCCAUGGCUCUCUUCAUUACACGUGGCGACAGACUUAUCAACGUUGCUGCCGUUUGGCUUCUGCUCUUACUAAACUCUCUGUUGGUUUUGGUUCAACGGUUGCCGUGAUUGCACCAAACAUCCCAGCCAUGUAUGAAGCCCAUUUUGGAGUUCCAAUGAGUGGGGCGGUCAUAAAUGCAGUCAAUAUUCGUCUAAAUGCUCCAACUAUUGGCUUCCUUUUAGAACACUCAUCAUCUGCGGUCAUAAUGGUUGAUCAAGAGUAUUUCAAACUGGCUGAAGAAGCUUUAGAGAUUUUAAAAGAUAAAAUUAAAAACAAUUUCAAAUCUCCACUUGUAGUUGUUGUUGGAGAUGAAAGCAGCGAUUGUGAUCCACAGAAUCUUCAAUAUGCUAUAAGAAAAGGUGCGGUUGAAUACGAGAAGUUUCUAGAAUCUGGUGACCCUGAAUUUGCAUGGAAGCCGCCACAAGAUGAGUGGCAUAGUAUUGCUCUGGGAUAUACGUCGGGUACAACAUCAAGUCCUAAAGGGGUGGUGUUGCAUCAUCGAGGUGCUUAUCUAGCGGCUAGUAGUAAUGUUCUGGUGUGGGGUAUACCAGAAGGGGCUGUGUACUUGUGGACUUUGCCUAUGUUUCAUUGCAACGGUUGGUGUUUCACUUGGACUCUUGCUGCUAUUUGCGGGACCAACAUAUGCCUCCGACAGGUCACAGCAAAAGCUAUUUACACCGCUAUAGCCGAUCUUGGUGUCACCCAUUUCUGUGCCGCCCCAGUGGUACUCAAUACAAUAGUAAAUGCCCCACCUAACGACACCAUUCUGCCACUUCCUCACCUUGUACACGCCAUGACAGCCGGAGCUGCACCACCUCCUUCGGUUCUCUUCAAAAUGUCUCAAAAUGGGUUUCGCGUGACCCACACAUACGGCCUGUCAGAAACCUACGGGCCAUCAACUAUAUGUGCUUGGAAGCCGGAAUGGGACCACCUUCCUCCUGAAACACAAGCCAAACUAAACGCCCGCCAAGGUGUCCCAUACACCGCUCUCGAAGGACUAGAUGUUGUAGACACCCAAACAAUGACACCGGUCCCAUCGAAUGGGACCACAGUUGGUGAGAUCGUGUUUCGCGGGAACAUUGUAAUGAAGGGCUACUUGAAGAACCCAAAAGCUAACUCUGAAGCUUUUGCAAACGGGUGGUUUCACUCUGGUGAUCUAGCUGUAAAGCACCCAGAUGGCUACAUCGAGAUCAAAGACCGGUCAAAGGAUAUUAUUAUAUCGGGUGGUGAAAACAUUAGUAGUGUAGAGGUCGAGAAUACUUUAUAUCAGCACCCAUUGAUCUCUGAAGCAUCAGUGGUGGCACGACCCGAUAAUAAAUGGGGUGAAACGCCCUGUGCUUUUGUCACAUUAAAAGAAGAGGUCGAGAAAUCGGAAGAAAGUAAAAUUGCAGAGGAUAUAAUGAAGUUUUGCCGUGCAAAAAUGCCGGCUUAUUGGGUCCCAAAGUCAGUAGUUUUUGGCCCGUUGCCGAAAACUGCUACAGGGAAGGUUCAGAAGCACUUGUUAAGGGCUAAAGCUAAGGAAAUGGGGCCUGUUAAACAACUGAGCAAGUUAUAAACGCAUUUUCUUGUGGUGUAUGCAAAUUAUCAUUUGGAUAUUGAAAAGGGUCUUGUCAUAAUAUCAUUACGUUUCGAACAAUAACGAUAAACAUCGUGUUAAAAUUGUUAUGAUUUUUUGUGUCGAUUUAUUGUUUCGUGUAAUGGGUUUAUAUUAUGUGACGGUGUUUAUGUGAUUGUAUUUGCGGGUUUGUAAAA